AUGACUGGAACAGAUCGACCGCUGGAUGUGCUCAUUGUUGGAGCUGGGAUUGCUGGUCUCUCGGCGGCAAUUGCCUUUGGCAAGCAGGGCCAUCGUGUUGUGAUUCUAGAAAAGUCCGGGUUUCUCAAGGAGGCCGGUGCUGCAAUUCAUUUACCCCCGAAUUGCACGGCGCUGUUGCAAUGGAUGGGCGUUGAUCCUACGGAAUUUGGAGGAACCCUCCUCAAUGAGAUUCAUCGUUACAGUGCUGAGGGUGAGCUGAAAUACAAGAAAGAUUUCGCCGGGAUUCGUGGUACCUGGCAAGCAGAAUGGUAUUUGGUUCACCGAGUUGAUCUUCACAACCAUUUGAAGAACCGCGCCCUCGAGACUGCAACUCUUCAUACUCGAUGCAGAAUCGUCGCCAUCAACAUUAGCGGUUCCCGGCCGUCGGUGACCCUGGAUGAUGGCCGCACGUUCGAAGCUGAUCUUUUGCUCGGAGCCGAUGGACUACACUCUCAAGUCCGUGGUACAGUCGCGCCUGAUGCACCUCGUCCACAUCCGGUGGGCAAGUCCUGCUUCCGAUGGAUUCUACCCACCGAUAGGUUAAAGGAAGAGGAAUCUGCGCUAGAAUUUGUGAAAGACCCUGGCAUUUUCAUCGAGUGGGCAUCUGAAGAUCGCCGCCUGGUUGCGUACCCUUGCUCUGAUAACAAGGUUUUCAACCUAUGUGCCUUUUUGCCUUCUAGUGAGGUGAAUACCGAUGAUGAGAAUGAUAUCUGGCAGACAGUUGGUGAGAGGCAGACCAUUAUCCAGGGUUUCUCAAAGUUCCAUCCUGGCGUGCAAAAGAUGGUGGAACAUGCAGAUGCAAAUUUAAAAGUGUGGGAACUCUUUGACAUGGAGGCUCUGCCCACCUGGAUCUCAGGCCAUGCGGCUCUUUUAGGCGAUGCUGCACACCCUUUUCAGCCAUACAUGGGUCAGGGAGGAGCGAUGGCCAUUGAGGACGCUGUCGGGAUCGCGACUUUACUUCCACUUGGUACCCGACCGGAGGAUAUGCAAGCACGCUUGCAGAUGUAUCAAUCGUCCCGACGGCCGCGGGUGGAAAUGGUUCUCAAAUUCACUCGCUUGAAUGGGCGGGAUGAGAACGAUACAGCUGGUGGGAGAAUCACGCCCGCCGACAUGGUCAAAUUCAUGGGAAUCUGUUUUUCAUACAACGAGAUCGAGCAGUGCAAGGAUCUUCUGGCUCAGCAGGCAGGUGAACAAGGGGUAAAAUCGGUUGAAGUCAAGGGCUUUUGA